CGGUAUUUAGUUGUCAUUUUUAACUGCGCGGUAAUCCGUUUACAGAACAACUAUUGUGAUCGUAGUGAUCCGUCGAGUACAGUGGCAGACCACCACAUUAACUGUUGGACGCAUUUUCAGUUUUAAUUUCGUGUUGAUUUAAUUAAGCAUUUUUUUUUUCUGCUAAUUACAAACAGACGCAAUGUGUGCGGAUAAACGUCAAGAUCCACAUUUCGGAACUAAACUCAUACACGUUGGUCAGAAUCCAAGUCAAUGGGCCUACAAAGAUGUCAUACCGCCAAUUUCGCUCAGCACGGUGUACAAUCAACCAUCACCCGGAGUAAUUGAAGAUUUUGAGUAUACAAGAACGGGAAAUCCAAUUCGUUCGGUUUUGGAAAAGUGCCUCGCCUCACUCGACCACGCCGAGUACGCUUUGACUUACUCGUCUGGAAUGGCGGCAACCACGUCAAUGGUCAAUCUGCUAGUGCCCGGCGAUCAUUUGCUGAGUUCCGUGGACAUUUACGGCGGUACCCACCGGUACCUGGCAAAGGUGGCCAUAAAAGCGGGAAUCUUAUGUUCAUUUAUAGAUUUCGCAGACCCGGAAACCGUAGCCAGUCACUUGCAGCCCAACACCAAAGUAGUCUGGUUCGAAGCCAUCACCAAUCCGCUUAUGCGGGUGAUAGACGUUAAAUUACUCUGCGACGCCGUGCAUAAAGUGCGACCCGAAGUCCUUGUUGUCGUCGACAACUCAUUCGUAACUCCUUAUUUCCAAAGGCCAUUAUUGCUUGGCGUCGACAUAGUCAUGUACUCUGUAAGUAAAUAUAUGAACGGUCACUCGGACUGUCUCAUGGGAUCGUUGGUGACAAAUAACAAGGAGGUAUACGACAAACUGUACUUUUUACAAUGUACUACUGGUAGUGUGCCGUCUUCGUUUGACUGUUACCUGGUCAACCGUGGUUUGAAAACACUACAUUUGCGUAUGGAACGGCACAUGUCGAACGCUUUGGCCGUUGCCAGGUAUCUAGAAGUUCAUCCUAAAGUACUCAAAGUCAACUACACGGGCCUGGAAUCUCAUCCGCAAUACAAAUUAGCCAACUCGCAGUUUACCGGACACUGCGGAAUGAUAUCUUUUUACAUCAACGGUGGCCUGAAGGAAAGCACAGCCUUUCUGGAAGCGUUGAAAAUGUUUUGCAUUACGUGCAGUCUGGGUGGUUUCGAAAGCUUAGCCGCUUUACCUUGCAAGAUGACGCACACGUCUCUGUCUCAAAAGGAAAGACUUUCCGUGGGCAUUCUCGACAAUCUCAUCAGAUUGUCCGUCGGAUUAGAGACCAUCGAGGACAUCAUCAGUGAUUUGGAACAAGGUUUUGUCGCAAGUGGCGCCAAAGACAAAUAGCUGGUUAUAUAACCCGGGCCGGAUUUACCUAAAUGGCGCCCCUAGGCUAAUAAAAAACAAACGCCCCUACUUCUUAAAACGUAGAUGGAAUAAGAGCUGAGAGCCCCCCUCCCAAUUUCUUUACCAAUUUUUAUGUCUAUAUAAAAAUGUAUAAUGGAUUAAUUUAAAAGUAUUUUAAAUUCGACCUAAAAAAAUUAAGUAUUGCAAUUUUGUAUAGCAAGAUACUAGAAGGGCCAUAAAAAAAGACAUUUUAUUAUGAUGAUAGAAACAUAAUUAUAUUUAAUA